CACUCACAGGAUUGUUUCACUCGUACACGUACAGGGAUAAGCAUUGCAGGGGUCCCCUUACUGAGCUCUAUGGAAGAUGCUGGGCAGAUGUAGGAAGCUGUCAUUUAACUCAUUAUGGAGAAAAGAGAGAUUUGACGAAGGCUGUGUAUUGCUCAGCAGCACUGCUGUGUAUCGGCGGAUCAUGGACAGCUCAGAUCAUUGCUGCGAAAGUGAGACCCCCAGUUAUGACCGCGAGGUGGAGCAUUAUGUGCGGAACAGGAGAUCCACCAAGAAAAGGGAAGAAUUUAUGAAAUCAGAAUCUGAGGAUUCAGGGGUUGAACUCCCACCACCUUCACCACUUGGAUCAGAAAGCAGUUACAGCGCAGAAGAACCCGAGAGCUUGGAGAACCCACAGGAACCAGAAAGUUUACAGAGCUUCACACAUGAGAAAGCAGAUGAUCUUCCUGAUUUCACUCCGGAUCAGACUGAUAUCCCCCAAGCCUGUGCCUCAGAGAAGCCAGAGAACUUUAAGGUGCUCACCCAUGGUGAAAUAGCAGAAUUAGAUGUGGAUGAGCAGCGAGAAACAGACACAUUCGACAUUCCCUGUAAGCUGGAACAGGCAGUCUUGAGAAGCCGGACUCGCAGGGUCAGGCACAAAGAUCUGCACCAGAACAGAGCGGGGAUACGUAGCCGACACUACCAUGGGUCAUUAAAGCAUACCCUCCAUAAUCGUGCCAGGAGCCCACCCCGGCCUGUCCAGGUCACAGAGAAAGAAGACCCUCUGUCUCUCCCUGGGGAGGGUCUCAGGUACCUAGAAAGCCUGUGCAACAUGAUGGAACAGAUAGCUGAGCUGCAACAGAGGAAUCGAGCGCUGGAGCGAGAGAAGAGAGAGGGAGAACACAGACUUCACCAUAGAAUGCCGAUAGACGCCUGUGCCUGUGGAAGCACUAUGUCUCUAAUAGCUCCAGCACCGGAUUCUACAGAUGGAGCAUUAACUGAAGAAAGACCCUGGGAGGUCAGACACUACCGGAAGAGAUCGAGCUCCCACACAGGAGUAUUAUGGGGUCUCGAGAGGAAUGCAGCCCGGCGUCUAGCCGCAGCAGAUAAAAGAGAUCCUCACUUUGUUAGUGUUCCAAACCUGCAGGAAGAAGCCAGACAAAAUAGCUCCCCGAACCUUAAGGCUGAGGUCUCCCAGUGGCAUCGGCUCAAAGACCUGGUCUCCAAACUGGCACAUAAAGCUGCGGGGUCGGGCACCACAUCUACUGGGAAGCAAAGCACGUGCAGAUCUCAAGUUCCUCUAGAUGGUUCCACUCAGCACCCUCAAAGACUAAUCUUUCCCGGACUGGUCAUCAGGCCCCGCAACCAAAGGGGACCCUUCCACUGAGCUGUGUCUUGUGGAGAUUAAACCCUCUGCCCAAAAUCAUACGGCACUUGCACUUCACAGCGAGAUUCUCUGAGGGGAACCAGGAUGGCACUACAAUGUUCUCAGAGAGGAUCCAGGAACAGCCCAUAAAAUUCAGAGGUAUCGUUAUGGUGCCUUGAGAAACCUGGACAGACCUGAAAUACUGGCACAGGAACCAGGACGCAGGUCUGUGCAAUAAAUGGAUGACUCAAUGGAGAACUCGUGGGGUUCUGAGAAACCAGGAAAGGCCCGUGGUGCUCAAGGAGGAACCAGGAAAUGGCUGCACAGGUCAGAGGAAUCCAUAAAGUAUGAUGAGAUCUGGGACAAGUCUCCAGUAUAGGGAAUACUAUAAAGGGUGCGCAGGAAGGAACUAGGCUGGUAUCCAAGAUGCACCAAGAUGGAUGGAGAAAAUGCAUUGCUGCUCUCCCAUGAACAGGACUAGCAGGAUCUCGGCGGCUCCAGGAAAGGAAAGUGAUGCCCUGGCUGUGGGUAUAGAAUGUGAGGGACAUGGAUUCAGCUAUUUACACCGGGAUAGGAAGACGGACACUGCCAAGAAAAGAGACAUAGGCAGAUGUUUGUGGCAGAAAUUUUGGUUAAUGCUGCUGCACAUACAAGGGACUCCAACUUGCUCCCAAUUACCAGCUCCCUGCAUCGAGGCAACUUAGCCGGCCAAUAGGAUGCAAGGAAAUACUUCCUGACAAACAUGGCUGAACUCAUGCUAUAGUAUAAAAAGUGUUAUUGGUUAUAUGGAAUGGCAAAAUGAUGUACACAGCCGUCAGUAUUGAAUAUUUUGUUACGUUUGUAUUUUUUGCUUAAAUAUAUUAUGCAUUGGUUUAAAUUAUAAUAAAUACUAUUUCUUUUAUCUGA